CUCUCGCUACUAAAAACGGAAGAAAAGCUUCGUGUUCUAGCGCUGUCUUAAAAUUUCGAUUUUUGCACUCUUUUUUUUUGUUGCAGCUUCCAGUAUCCAAAUGUUGUCUGGAAUGGAACAUAACUACCAGAAACGUCUGUCUGCCCUGCCGGUCACCCGAGAAGGUCUCAAGCAGCAGUGUGACAUGAUCCGUGAGAGAAUCAGCCAAAUCCAGCAAAAGGACUCAGUGACCACGAAACCUCCGGGUCCUACUGACCGUCGUUCUUUAAAGGAAAUGUUCGCGGAACUUCGGAAUUCUGACAGAUUUAAGAAGGGCGUCGGUCUAUACCUUUGCGAUGAUACGAUUGAGUCACUACAAGCCUCAUUGGAUGGAGUCACGGUCGGAGCAACGGUCAAUGUCAAGCAGGAAGAAGGCGAUCGGCUUCCGUUAACGUUUGGGUAUGUUGGGCUCCUGGCGACCUACGAUGCCCAGUGUGCCGUCGAUUUGGUUGACUUCUACAAGAAAACCCGUAAUGUGAAUUAUGACCCGACGUUUAUCGACAGCGCGGUGAUCGCAUAUCCACGCUCGGACUGUCAUGUUUCAGUAUUCAGCAAUGGAAAAAUGGUCAUCAACGGAGUCACGAAUACCAGCGAAGCACUGGUGGCCAGUAGAAAUUCCGUGGAAUUGCUGAAGCAGUGCGGCUAUAAUCCUGUUCUCCGCAAAGAGAAUCUGCGUGUCCAUAAUGUCUCUGGGAUGUUAAACUUGAACUCGCAGGUGGAUAUUCUCGGAUUUCAUGAGGCCUAUCCGCGAUGCACGUACUACUCCGAGGUGUUCUGCGCGGUUUCUUAUAGGCCGGCCACGAAGACGGACCAGAUAAAUUUGGAUAAGUCAUUGGGUGUAUGCUGUCAGAUAUUUGCCACCGGAAAGAUUUUGAUUGUCGGCCAUAAAGAUGAGAGAGAUAUAAACGACUUCCUGGUGGAACUCUACGACAUCCUGGAGCCCUUUAUUGGUGCAGGCAACAACCCAGACGGGCCAGACGCAGACGAUCGCGAUAAAGGAUCUAUGAAACAGUGAUCUUGCAUUAAUCCCAGCUGUAAGGAAUUUUUGAGUCUGUUAAGGAAUUUCUUACGCACUUGACAUGAAGAAUCUACUGUAACGCUUCUCUUUAAAUUGCAGUUCUCCUUGUUUUAGUGCUGCUUUAGUUUAGAAGGUUUUUUUUCUGUUUGUGCACUUUCUUGAUGAAUCACUCAUUUUAUUGUAGCAUUUUUUUAACAGAAUUAUUACCGCUACAGUAUCUCUAAUAUGGCGCGCAUUUUCUGGUGAGCUUUUGUGGAAAUCCUUUGUCGGAGAGCUGUUUUUGAUAUGUGCUGUAACACUGCUGUUCAGUUUGUUUGCCGUAUGGUGACCUCUUUCCUUGCAUUACAAUAGAAUUGGACAAUUAGCUAAUGGUUGGUAAAAAUUAAUAAAAUCGGAAUAUUAAAAAA